ACCGAGGGGCGUGUCCUCGCCAACAGAGUCGGUCUGUUUGGAGCUAACGUAACUGAAGGGACAGAGCUCAAGUGUUGUUUUGAAUUUUGCUGGAAAUCACCGACUGCAAAAAGAGGGGAGGGGGAUUUAAGAGCCCGCAAAAGAAGAAGAUGGCGGAUGUCGGAGACGAUGAAAUUCGGCCGGCUCACCCCACGGCGUCCCGCUACAACGGUCCAGUCGUCGGUUCGUCCGCGGGCCAGAACGCAGCAACGGUAACGUCUGGUCCUCGGAUAGUGCGGAUCGUCAAGUCGGAGUCCGGCUACGGCUUCAAUGUUCGCGGUCAGGUCAGCGAAGGAGGGCAGCUUCGGAGCAUCAACGGGGAACUGUACGCUCCUCUUCAGCACGUCAGCGCUGUUCUGCCCGGAGGUGCAGCAGACCGAGCGGGGAUAGCGAAGGGUGACAGGAUCCUUGAAGUGAAUGGGGUGAACGUGGAAGGAGCGACCCAUAAGCAAGUGGUGGACCUGAUCCGUGCAGCGGAGAAGGAGCUGGUUCUGGCCGUUCUGUCCGUUCCACCCCAGGAAGCUGAUGGAUUAGAAGGAGGGGAGGAUGUCCAGCCGAACUACGACUACAGUGACAAGCAGGCGGUGCCCAUUUCAAUCCCUAUGUACAAACAUGUGGAGCAGCACUCGGAGAGGUUUGUGGUGUACAACGUGUACAUGUCAGGCAGACAGCUGUGCUCGAAGCGCUAUAGAGAGUUUGCCAUCCUGCACCAAAACCUGAAGAGGGAAUUCUCAAACUUCAACUUCCCAAAGCUUCCUGGGAAAUGGCCCUUCUCCCUGUCCGAACAGCAGCUGGACGCUCGGCGCAGAGGCCUGGAGGAGUACCUGGAGCGAGUGUGUUCUGUGCGGGUGAUAGGGGAGAGUGACAUCAUGCAGGAGUUUCUCUCUGAAUCAGAUGAGAACUACAACGGAGUCACAGACGUGGAGCUGCGGAUAGCGCUGCCUGACAAAACCACCAUCUCUGUGCGGAUUCGUAAAAACAGCACAACGGACCAGGUGUACCAGGCAUUAGUGCUGAAGGUUGGAAUGGACAGCAUUAUGGCAAGCUACUUUGCUCUUUUUGAAGUCAUCAACCAUUCUUUUGUGAGGAAACUCGCUCCGAACGAGUUCCCCCACAAGCUUUAUGUGCAGAACUACACAUCCGCCGUUCCUGGGACGUGCUUAGCGCUCCGCAAAUGGCUGUUCAGUGUCCAAGAAGAAGAGCUGCUCAGAGACAACCCGCUGGCACUACACUACUGCUUCCACCAGGCACUGGACGAUGUGAAGAAGGGAUUCAUAAAAACAGAGGACAAAUCCUACCAGCUGCAGAAACUGGCAGAGCAGCGCAAGAUGGCCACAUACCUGAGCCUGCUGCGGACAUGCGAGGGCUAUAAUGAGGUGGUCUUCCCCCACUGCUCCUGUGACUCCAGGCGGAAGGGCCAUGUCAUCACCGCCAUCAGCAUCCAUCACUUCAAGCUGCACGCGUGCACCGAGGACGGCACGCUGGAGAACCAGGUAAUAGCUUUUGAGUGGGCAGAGAUGCAGCGCUGGGACACUGACGAGGAAGGCAUGGCUUUCUGCUUCGAGUACGCCAGAGGAGAGAAGAAACCGCGCUGGGUUAAGAUUUUUACUCCAUAUUUCAACUACAUGCAUGAAUGCUUCGAGCGUGUCUUUUGUGAGCUGAAGUGGAGGAAGCAGGUGGAGGAAGAGGAAUCUGAUAAAGACAACAAAAACUGCAGCAACAAUGAGUACCUGCCUCCUCUGGAGACGCAACAGAAGGGAUGGCGCCCCCUAGGGGGGGAAAUUGCAACUUCCUAAAAAAAAAAAGAAGAAAAGGGUAUUCUUCACUCAAACUAGAACUGAUCCACUCGCAUCAUCACAGCCACCUACAGAGAGCAACCAUUGACAAACAGAAGAAGUGAGAGUCUGAGGCGGAGGGGAAAAAAAAGUCACUCCCAAAAUAAAUCCAAGGAUGGGCAGAGUGAGAAGAGAAGCGAAGGAGAAUCAGCAUCAACCAGCUUUUGUGUCAUUUACUAGAUCUCCAACGUGUGUCUGUUGUUUUUCCUCCAUGCAUCUACCCUGUGAUGUUUGGCUCAACACUAGAAAAGUCUCACCACUGGACGGGUCGAGGUGUGUAAGCGGCGUACAGGUCGAACACUCUCGCAGCGGAGAGAGCGCCUCUGUGAAAGAGCUGGCUUCUGGGAUGACUAUUGGGUCCAGAUGUUCUGCUGCUGGGUCUCGAAUGGCAACCGAGCCGAGAUGCAGGGAAAAAAGAAAAAAGAAGAGGAGAGGUACAGCAGACAAUGGGUUCUACUUCUUAAAGUCAGUGAUAAACACAAGUAAAAUCCUGCUUUACACUUACACUGGUGCUGGACAUUAACAGAUUUUCUUUUUUUUUUUUCUGUUUUGGGGGUCCUGACAUUGUCGGAGAAUAUGGCCAGCACAAAUGUAACAAUGAAAAUGGAUGUGUUCGUAAUUAUUUGUAUGUUAACAAUCAUGCCUCUGUUAAGAAAAUAUAGAUUAAUAUAAGACCAAGUAAA